AGAGAAUAAUAUCUGAUCACUAAUGUGACACCUGUGCCCUCUCGUGAGUCGUUGUGAAGGACACAGAUGCUUCUCCAGCCUUUAGCCACCCUUUUGCUUUGGUUCUGCCCACCAGUAUUUGGAAAUGGAGUGGGGAGGUGAAUAUUCUCUUGAUUCUUCCAACUUGGAUUGUUUGUUAAACAUACUUCCUGGAGAUCUGGAGUUUCAGCAGAUACUUGGUGACAUUGAUGAGAAAAUAAAGAAAAAUGCUUAUAGCAUGGAACAGUGUCUUAAGGAGCUACAAUCAGAAAUAAAUGAAACUUGUCCUGAUGAAUUGCUACAAGACACAACUGACUGCCUUCAGUGGUUAAAUAAUUGCAGUUUCAGCUCAAUCAAGCCAUCUUCAACCCCUCACAGAGAAUUGAUCAAGUUUCUCCAAACACUGCAAAGCUUACUGAAGGAUGAACAAAACCAAGAAGAAACUAUUCUUCACUUUCUUCUUGAUCUCUCCAGUCAAUGUGGUGUCUUAUUUCCCUGUACUCCAAGUGGGACAUCUUUUGAGUUUAUAUCCAGUGCUUCCCUUCAUGGUGUUGAAGAUGAUUCUGCAAUGGAUGCACAGUAUAUUUGGGAUGAUGUAAGAUUACAGCUUCGGCGCUUCUUAGUAAACCAGCUGCAAAAUCAUAAUGAAACAAAAACUGGUACCUUACAACAGCAACUGCAGUUUAAAACUCGGUGUCUACAGCAGCUUUUAUUUCUUUAUCCUGAGGCAGAAGUUCUGGGGAAGUAUCAAAAAAUGCAGAAUAAAUUGGUUAGUGAUCUUUUACAGAAAUGUGUUCUAGAAAGCAUGGGUGAAACAAACUUUGAAAAGAUGGUUCAUGGUUAUGAAAACUCAAUUCCUGCAUUGUGUGCAAUGAUAAAAGAAGAUUUCUAUGUACUGAGCGGAAUUAUUGACCCUUCUUCAACACUGAAGUUUAUUAAUGAAACUUAUUUGGAUACCAUCACGGAAGAAAUGACCGUUCUUCUUGAAACACUUUGUGAGCUUCAGUUUAAGGAAAAUGCAUUACAUGGUGUUAAAGCAAGCAAGAGCUCAAAGAAACACAGAGGAGUACCUCAUGUUGGGGCGGCUCAAGAAUGUUCUAGAAAAGGGAGAAACUUCUGUUUGACACUACAUCAACUCAGAUGUCUUUCUGAGCUUAUAAAGCUUUUUUUGUUGAUGGAAGAAAAGGUUGAAGAACUAUCUUCAGAAAUGCUGUUAUUACCAUGUUUUUCUGAGAACAGAAAUGUUCAAGGAGUUCUGAAGAAAGCUGGUGGGGAGCUUUUAAUAGGGGAAAGUAGAGCAAAUGAAACCAGUGUGCUUCCUGAACAGUUACUUCAGGUAAAAGAGACUACCAUACUAGAUUUCGGCUGGAGAAAAGCAUUUAAAGACCUGUCCUCUUCAGUAGCUCACUGUAUAACAAUUGCAGUUGAAGAUUUUUCCAAUAAAAUUCUUCAACAUGAGCAGAAUGAACACACUUCAGCUGCCUGCUAUGUGAUGCAUAUUGUAAAGGUACAGCACAUGAAGGAGCUCAGGGAAGUAGUCCAUGAGGAAGAACAACCAAAACAAAUUUCAAAGUUUUGUUCUGACAUCAUGGAGGAACUUGACAAGUUGCUUCCCCUGGCUCUGGCAUGCAGAGAUGAGUCUCUCCAGGAAAUUAGAGCAAACUUUGUAGAGGCUUGCUGCAAAGUAGCAACAGCUGUCCUGACAAGGUUGGAGGAGAGAAGUAAAGAUGUCCCUUCCAGAGCUCCACUGCAGAACUUGUAUACUGUUCUCUCCACAGCAGUGCAUGUCUAUCAGCAUUUUAAUAUGUAUCAGCAUCUAAUGAAAGAUACCACUAGAAAGCCUGUAUUCCUAAUGCCUCUCCAGCAAUAUCAGGAAUUGAUCAGUGUUCUUCAGUUUCAAGUUACAAACUACUGCAUCAGAAUUUGUGCUACAACUAUUUUACAGGAUGCCGAGAGUCACUACUGGGAUGACUACAAAGCUUUUUAUGAGGGGGAACGAUGCUCAUUCUCCAUCCAGAUGUGGCAUUAUUUCUGCUGUGCUCUUCAUCAUGAUCUAUGGACUGUUCUACCCCCUGUGCUAGCCCAGGAGAUUUUAACAGAAGUGCUAGAGGAAUCCUUGGCACUCUUGGCUUGCAGAUAUUUUCAGGCCCAGCCCAGUUACAAGAGAACACCACAGAUAAGAAUAGAUGUUAUAGCAAUUCUGAUGACCUGUGAAAGCAUACUGUGGUCAGUUUGCAGUUCUGUGCAAGAACUGUUGAUCCCACAAAAAGACAGAAAUCGUCAUAUUUAUAAAAUACACAAGUAUUGCAAUAAUUUACUUGCAGCAGCUGUCUUUUUAACUGCGCCAUUGGAGAACCUGUAUAAGACAUUUUAUAGUAGUGUUGGUAAUCCCUUGCCCUCAGAUUUUUUGGAGCCUACUGUUGACCAACCAUUACGCUGGUUAUCUGGCAUCACAGAAUUUUCCCCUUUUUUACUGAAGACUCCAUCAGCCAGAGGAAUGGCAGCCCAGGGUCAACUCAAGCUGCUCUUAUCCCAGCCAUACUGUAAUUGGAACUUGCUUUUGGAAACCCUGCUACAUCACGAUUGUCUCUUAGUGAAACUUUUACUGAGGAGUUCCAAAUCUGAAUUAUCAAAAAGUGGAGAACAAAGUACUUGCCUAGACAUGAAGAGCAGUCAAGAGCCUAGUCUGACUGAAGCAAUCUUUGCAGUGCUGUCUUACUGUACUUUAUCUCCCAAAUCACUUGGUGGUGUUCUUGAAAACUACAUGGAAAAAGAACAGAUGUGGGAUUGUUUAUACAAUAUAUCAGUUUCUAGUUGCAUUGAGUCAGAGCCAGAGGUUAUCAGAUGCUUGAAGCUGACUUUGAUUAAUUCAGUUAAGGGUAUUGUGAAGCAGAUAAUUUCUUUGAUGCAUUCAUGGGAAGCAACAGAAAACUAUGGAACCUAUCAACACAAGCAAAUUGUUCCUGAAAGUUUGCUGAAGACUGUUCCAAAGGAGUGGAAUUACACACCUAGAGAAAUGAAGAGAAAAGAAUCUGGGAAAUGCUUCACAAGGCUUGCUGCUCAGGCAGUAUCUAUUGUAAUCAGCAAGUUACCUACAGUGAUUGCAUGUUUGCCUCCCCCAAUUAAGUAUUUCUUUUUUCUCUCUGAGAGAAAAAUGCCAAAAAACUUAAUUGAAUCGAAAAAAGCUGGUCUUCUUGUCUGGAUCUUGAUUGUAAUUAUAUGUCGGAUAUUUGAGGAUGGAAACACCACAGAACUUUUAACGGGUACAACUCUUGACAGAUGGAGCAAAGAGAAGCUCAGUUUGGUUCGUGUAUGUUUGGAAAAUAUUAUAGGGAAAAAGAAAAGUAGCCCUAAACAAGUGACUCACAAGAUUAUACAGAGCAUUGAACAACAAAGGCCAAACUGGAUUGAAAACCAGUUACUAAAGGCAAGAAAACUGGGCAUAGACUGCACUAUUAUUGCAGCAGAAGAUAGUAGAAGCUUAGAAGAGGAAGCUAUUGAGCUUGAAUUGACUGAGCAGAAAAUAAAUAUGAUGGUCCUGGAUAUCUGCCACAAACCAGGUGGCAGUGAAUACCUGAGGCAAAUUUAUCACAUCAUCCAGCUCAAUGAGGAAUAUUUGAAUGAACAGCUGUCUUAUGAGGAAUCUUCUGAAGAAAACAUGUCAAGCAUUAGAACUUUAAACAUGACAUUCAGAAUCAAAGAACAGCAUCCUGGUUUUGACCCUUUCCAGGUGCACUGCCUGUAUUGCACUAAUGUGUUAGAAAAGUCUACCAUUACUGAGUGCAAGUGGGAUUGGUCAGAUUUGCUGCUGAGUUAUUUCAGACUAAAUAGAACGACCUUCAUGGCACUACUGGAGCACAGAUGGGAGAUGAAGGAGGAAGAAACUCUAGAAGAGGAGGAAAAAGUGAUGCUAGAGCACUUAAAAAACCUUUAUCUCACACCAACCUCUCUUGCCUCUGAAGAUAAAGCAGAAGAGAGAUCUUGACUUGAGUACUACAUUCAUAAAGAACUGAGAAUUGAUGCUAUUCCAAAGAAGUUCUGGGUGACAUUUGUGGUGCCCCAAGUUGUGCAAUCAAAACUUUCCCUUCUUUCCCUCUCCCAUGCAGGUGGGGAGGUCCCCCUCUGGAGUAGACAGGAAGAUGGAAGAGUAGGGAAGGGAAUUCCCACACAUUCAAUGGCACAACAUUGGAUCUUGCCCUCUGCAUAAUUUGUACAAAAUUUGAUUUGUAUGUUUGUAUUUUCUAGGGAACAUUUAAGUGCUAUGUUUUGUUACCUUUUCUGUUGUUUGUUGGUGUACAGAUAUACCUUUGUAAGGAAUAUAAGAAAGAUAUUAACAAUUUUCAAAUGUUUAAAAUAACUGUCAACUUAAAAAAUCAAACUGAUAGAUUACUAGCAAAUGAAUGGUAACCUGAAACAACCCAAAGUACUGGAGGCUUGAGCCAACAGAUAGUUAGCAUUUUGAUAUCAAUGGACAGCUUAAAUAAAAAUUCAAGACCAGACUGUCCACAUGACAUAACACAAUACAUAGAAGUCUUGUUUCAUAAUUUAGUAUAAUGAGUGCAAAGUUAUUAGAAGCCAUAUUAAGAAUAGUUGCAAUAUGUAAAACAUAUUUUGAUAUCAAACACAAUUUGGCAGUUUUAGGAGCUGACCACUCUAUUGAGUUGCUGCAUUAAAUUUGCAAUCCUAUGCAUACAUGCCUAGGAGUAAGCCUCAUUUAAUAUACUGGGAUUUACCGGUACUUCCUUUUUUAAAAAAUAAUAUUUAUUAAAUUUUCCAUUUUAACAUUCCAAUCAAAUCACAUCAUAUAUUCCAAAUUAUACAAAUUAUUCAAUAAUUAAACAAUCCAAAUAUUAUGCCAAAUUAUAAUUUUUUGGGGAAGACUUCACCAUGCUCUGAGUUUGGAGGGAAUCUGAUCAUCUCAUACUUCUACUGCUUCUCGUAUUCAUUUCCGAUGGUUCCCAUAAGUCAUUCUGAUGUUAAUCCUCAUUAUUUUCCACAGUCUCUGCGUUCUUCCAACAAGCGAGAUAAAUAAAACAAUAUAUUUCUGUGUGUGGUUUUAUGUCUAGGAAUCCCCUGUAUAAGUUCGCAGUCUCUCUUCACAAGCUGGUAUUUCUGCCAAAUCAUUCCAAGAAUCCUCCCAUUACAUGCAGAUACAGAUGUCCUUUCCAUUCUGUCCAGAUAAAUCCAAUCAAGGCAUCUGCCCCAUACUUUUCCCAAACCAGUUGUCAUUCAAACAUUAGCCUUUGCAGGGAAGGGUUUUAGUUAAAAAUACAAACAUAUAAUAUUGAAGACUCACCUCCCCCUAUGACUAUACACUUUGACAACAAACUGCUCUGCACUUUUGUCCAUAAUGGUGGCCACUUAAAACUGCAUCAUAAAUCCCAAGCAGUCACCCAGAGUUCUUUGCCGUCUCUCCAACUGUUAAUGAGAUGUUGCUUCUAUGCCAAUAUUGUAAAUCAAACCAGGAAAUCUUCUUCCAACAAGCCUAAAGUCAAAAUCCUUAAUUUUCUGUUUAAAAUAAUUGUUGUCUCCACACAGUUGAUGCUUAUUAGACCCGUAUUAUAUCAAUAAAUACCAAACUUUUUCAGUCUCACUUGCUUCAUAGUUAAUCAAGUAGCCAAACCUUCUAGAGGGGUUUUGCUAAGUAGCAUAGCAAAACAAAGUAUAAUGAAAACAAUAAGGCCCACCACCCGCUUUCCGUUCCAGCAUACCUCCACGCAGAUAAUAAUCCUUCUUCCAAUCAAAUCCUUUUUUAGCACCUCAGUGGCUGAUAAUUAGCAGAGUAUUUUCUCCCUCCUUGCUCAGAGCAUGCCCAUAACUUAAAUCCAAUUUUUCCUCUUAAGAAAUGGAAGUUUGUCACUCACAAAGACAGCUUUGGAGAGUUGCCAAGAAACGCCCUGUGCUAUGCAUCCAGCGCCCCCUGGCCCUUCAUUCCUUCCGAAUUUGGGGCUAGGUGUUGGGCGAACUGCAGAUGAGACAGCCCCCUCAAACCUGGGGGUGGGGUGGGAGGCUGAUUACUCCCAUCUCAGCCUCUAAUUACCAGUGCGAAUGGCUGUGGUGGAAUUUCAGCCAUCUUUGUGGCACCAAGCUGGAAGUCUGCCCAUACUGGGAUUUACUUCUGAGUAAACAUGCACAGUAUUGCACAUUUAGUAUGCCUACUGCUUGAGAAUCUAGAAAUCAAAGAUUAAUGAUAAAAACUUUUCCUUUGUCUCUUGUCCCAAGGAAAUGGGAACUGGCUCCCAAAAUAGUUGGGAGUUGCAGGAACCUUUCUUUGUACAUAGUUGAGUGUUAGCAGAAUGCAAUUAUUCUAGACUCUUCUCUCAAAAUCUUGACAGUCUGAUCUGAUGCUCUUGUGUAUGUAGCAGCAGUAGAUGACAGAUGAGUAGCUCUGGCUGACUUACUUAGCAUAGGGUUCUGCUUUAGCACCUGCAACUUAAGCAGCAAAAAUAGAAUUGACCUGUAUAUCUCUUCCCUUAUAUUUACAUUCAGAUACAGUAGAUAUAAGGGUAAGUACCCAAGGAUUAUUAGAAGUAUCUAAUAUCACAAUUCACUUUUUGUUUAUACUUAAUACUUCGGUAUCUUUACAUCUUAUUAUUGUAGAAAAGUCCUGUUUCUGUACAAAUCUCUUAUUUGUAGAAACACUAGCAGAGUAUUGGGAAGAAUAUCAUUUCCUCCUCUGCACUUCCCUCUCUUCUGCCUCAUCAGCAUGAGUGCAAAUAUUUACAAUAGUAUAAGAGGUAGAACUUUUGCUGUAUUCAAUCCCAGGGUCUGUGAGUUCCAGGGCGGCUUGCCUAUCAUACGGGAGCAACUGCAUCUUGUUUAAGUAAAGAAGUACAACGUUCAGGGCACUUCUUGGUGAAGAAGCACCUGCAAAAUAAAAUAAGAAUCUUGGUAAGUGAGCAUGAUGAAUAAAUGUAGGCUUGGCUGUUUUUGGGAGAUGAUGUUGUUUGCCUUCAAGUUUUUUUUUAAUCCUCCAGUUCUAUAUUCAGGGAAAUUCAUUUAGGUUUGUCUUCAGGAAGGUUUUUAGGGCCAUGUUUAGGCUCCAUUAUUUAAAUGACUACCCAUAAUAAUAGGGUAUAGUGAUGCCAUUUUCAUUUUGUUCCUAACAACAUUAUUGUGUAAACUAGAGCAAUAUAAUCUCUUUUUAUAUCCCUAUUAUUUUAUUUUAUUUGUCACAUUUCUCAUGAAACUAGAGUAUCUUUUAUUCUGAAACAUGCUUGUGCUUAGUUUGUUUCAGUGCUUGGUGGUUCUGCUGGAAGUGAUUGUAACUUGAAUAAGAACUGCAGUUAUGUGAUAACUUUUCUAAUAUAGCUCAAAGAUUGAACAGGGGGUGUCAAAGGUGAUGUACAAAAUACAUGUACUUUUCUUUAAUAGCUACUGCUCCUAUAAACCCUAUAUGAUCUCACAUUCCUUCCAAGGGCAUUUUGUAGGCUCUAUGGGCAAUAAAACUAUUGAUUCUAGAACUACUCUAGAUUGUGAGUGAAUGUUCUUUAAUACAUUGCUCCACCCUCUCAGCAGUCGGAGGCCAAACAUGGGCCCUGUUCCUUUCAAUUAGUUUCCCUCUGGCAGAAACAUUCGAUUUUCUUCUCAGCUGGCAGACUCUGUACCAACAUCCUUGAUAUUUAGCACUUGUAAGUCCUACCAAUGACAAAACUAUGCUAAAAAUUCAUUUUAUGGAAGUUCUGAAAAUAUUACUUGAUAGAUGAAAACUGCCAUUCCUAUCCUAAACACAGGUAGAAUAAAUUUUAGGGGGAAAGGCAACUUCCACCUGAGAGGAAGGCAGGGGGGAAACCAGUUUCUGAAGCAUGUAACUUUUAAGAAAACAAAAUGGAGCAUGAACAGGACAGAUGUAAAGUGUCUUCUGCCACAUCUUGUGCUAUGAUGUGGCAGAUUUUAGCAACAUGGUUGCAGUAUACCAACUACCAGGUAUUUUAAGACAGGUUGUAUACUGCUUGCACAGUUAGGUACUUCAAUGCAUGUAAUCAUGCUUCAUCCAACGUGGAGCCCGCUUAUUGCUUUUUCUCCAUUUGUCGUAUUCAGAGCCUGUGCACUGGCUUAUACAAAUGGCCCCUUAACAUACCAUGGGUG